GGGCGAGGAUGGCGUGAGCGGGAUGGCCAGCUCUGGAGGAGGCGGCGGGGUGAGUGGUGGGUCGUCGUCGUCGUCGGCGCGGGUGUCGUCGUCCCGGUCCCGCACGGAGGAGAUCGGCAAGUACCGCCUCCUCAAGACCAUCGGCAAGGGGAACUUCGCCAAGGUCAAGCUCGCCAAGCACAUCCCCACCGGCAAGGAGGUGGCUAUAAAAAUUAUAGACAAGACGCAACUUAAUCCAGGGUCAUUACAAAAGCUGUUUCGGGAGGUCCGCAUCAUGAAGAUCCUCGAUCAUCCAAACAUUGUCAAACUCUUCCAAGUGAUAGAAACAGAAAGAACUUUGUACCUGGUGAUGGAGUAUGCUAGUGGUGGGGAGGUAUUCGACUACUUGGUCUUCCAUGGCAGGAUGAAGGAAAAGGAGGCUCGGGCAAAAUUUAGACAGAUUGUUUCAGCAGUACAAUAUUGCCACCAAAAGAAGAUCAUUCAUAGGGAUUUAAAAGCUGAAAAUUUACUUUUAGAUUCAGAAAUGGUGAUAAAAAUAGCAGAUUUUGGCUUCAGCAAUGAAUUUACGCCAGGAAAUAAGUUAGAUACUUUCUGUGGUAGUCCACCCUAUGCUGCACCUGAACUCUUUCAAGGGAAAAAGUAUGAUGGCCCAGAGGUAGAUGUGUGGUCUUUGGGAGUCAUCCUGUACACCUUAGUUUCUGGCUCACUACCUUUUGAUGGGUCUAACUUAAAAGAACUUAGAGAACGGGUACUAAGGGGGAAAUAUCGUAUACCUUUCUACAUGUCCACUGACUGCGAGAAUCUGCUCAAGAAGUUCCUGGUACUCAAUCCAGCACGUAGGGCAUCUCUAGAGACAAUAAUGAAGGAUAGAUGGAUGAAUAUUGGUUAUGAAGAUGAUGAACUAAAGCCAUAUGUGGAACCAACCAUAGACCUUGAUGACAUUAAACGAAUUGAGAUUCUCAGUGAAAUGGGUUAUUCUCGAGCCGAAAUAGAAGACAGUUUGAAGAGUCAGAAGUAUGAUGAUGUAUAUGCUACCUACCUACUCCUUGGGCGGAGAUCUUCGGAUCUUGAGAGUGAUGGUUCCCGGUCAGGAAGCUCACUUUCCCUUCGCAACACCUGCUUAACGCCGCGAGGGCAGGAAUCUAGCGGAGCUGCCCAAUCUCCCUCGCACUCCCACCGGGGAGUUCACCGCUCAGUCUCUGCCACCAACUCCAAGCCCUCUCGCAGAGCAUCCUCCGGUGGGGAGACCAUUCGGGGUGGAGGCACAACUCCAGUCUCUACUAAUGCACACAACCAUGCGGGCACCAACAACUUCCGGCGGCAGAACACAGUUGAUACUGCAACCAUCAAGGAGAACACUGCUCGACUGGCUCAGGGGGGCGUCCCCACCACCUCAGCCUCACGCUCGGCAGCACUCAAGAACCAAAAUAUCACAGCCCUUGAUCCCUCAGGGGCACCCGGCAAAGCUGGAGGUGCAGGUGCAGCAACCAGUCCUGGUGUAGGGAAAUCUCGGGUACAGAAGAGUAACACCAUGACCAAUAGACCCAUAGGUAGUGGCUCAGCACGACGCUCAACGUACUCCUAUGAUGCCAAUAAGGCCUCCUCAACAGAAAAGACAAACAUAACAAACGUUCCAGAUUCUGCUAGGGGCUCACAGGGGGAGAGUACGGUGUGUAAUGAGGCCAAUGUCCACACAUUGCAGGACUCUUCAAACAAAACACCAGUGUCACCUAUAAGCUCAAGCAACCGCUUCCCCCGAAAUGUGCCCAGUCGAUCCACGUUCCACAGUGGACAGAAUCGGCAAAAUAACAAUACGUACAGGGGAGUUGGUGCCCCUCUAACCACACAGGACACCAGUGCCCUCUCCUCCACGAGUAGGACCAGUUUCUUCUCAAAAUUGUCAUCUAAAUUUUCAAAACGCCCCCUGGAAACUCCACCUAAGCAAGGCGCUAGGUAUGUUGGCAAGGAUGGGAGUGUGGAAGCAGAGAUGGCUGAAAGGGUGACAUAUCGAGGUAUCACAGAGGAGCACCCUAAAAGCACAUCCGUGAAUAAUGAUGAGCAGGUCAAGCCUCGGUCAUUGCGCUUCACGUGGAGCAUGAAAACGACCUCUUCACGAGACCCCAAUGACAUCAUGGCCGAGAUUCGCAAGGUAUUAGAUGCAAACAACUGUGAUUAUGAGCAGCGAGAAAAGUUCUUGCUUCUCUGUGUCCAUGGAGACCCCAACACAGAUUCUUUAGUACAGUGGGAAAUUGAGGUGUGUAAGCUACCCAGACUUAGCCUGAAUGGUGUGCGAUUCAAGAGGAUAUCAGGAACUUCCAUUGGGUUUAAAAAUAUUGCCAGCAAGAUUGCUAAUGAGCUAAAACUGUGACUACAAGGGGAGUUAGAACUAGGUGACUCUCUUGUAGAAGUACCACUAGGACAUAACACAGCCUGAGGUUAUGUUACUAGUUCAGGUCAAAGUAGGCUGGGGUGUCUGACCAGUGAUGUGUCGAGGUCACACGAUUUUGUUAGAAAGAUGGGAUCAAAAAUAUUCCGAAGAAAUCAAAAGUUGCCUGAUAUCCAUCAAAGUUGCAUGUGUUUAAAAAAAAAGUUGUUGUAGAACCAAAUAAGUUUAUAAAACUGUUAAGAGAGACAAGCUGGCACCUAACAAGUUUUCGGAGGUGUUCUCAAUAUGCAUUUUCGUGUUCUGACCUGGACUGUAAUCAGGCCCCCUUCCCUCUCAAGCUCACCUGAAAUAUAUUAAUUAACAAGCUCACCCCUGGGAGCUUUCACAUUAGAGCUCCAUGGGCCUCCCCUGAAGCACCUUUGGCUUGUUGGCUUCCCACCCUCACUCUCUAAAGCGUACCGUGGACCCCUCUCGCUGCUCGAAAUCCAGUUGCCUUUCAGGAAUUUAUGAUGGCCACAGGACUACUGUUGAUAUUCAUGAACUUUUAAACUAUCCUGACACUCCUGACCAGUGAAAGACAUGCUGUCAAUAGAGCCAUUGCUUCUUCACCUUCAAUGACUCGAGGUCAUUAGUGUGAUAUUUAGAACAUUAACAAUACUAAGUGGAAGAUUUUGAAUGGACUUGAACAAAGUGUCUUAGUACUUACCCCCUUCCACCAGUGCUGGCCAGAGUAGUGCGGUUGUGUAGAUCACGUUUGGUGGAAGUGUAAACAAAGUCUCACCUUGGACUCCAGUGGAUAUAGUGAAAUGUGAGGCAAAUAUCCACCAUAUCAUAUUAUCUCCAUGUAUGUAAACCACGCAUCAUGUGUAACCGUAUCAUCCUUACGUGUUGCACUCACCAGCUAACCAGAAAGAGGUUCCAAAGGAACAGUUUUACCUUGUUUUCUUUUGUAAAUAUUUUGGCUAUAGGAAUGAGGAAUUCCAGCUGCCCAGUUUUGUUAUGUAUUACCUAUAGGAUGAAUGAGGUGAUUUGAAUAUUAAUAUGUACAGUAUUGUAAAGAAUUUGGUCACAUAUGCUGACUCUGAACUUAACCCUAAUCCUGGUUAAAAUAAAACUGUCUGUUGUGAGUGUAGCAUGAGCAGAGCUUUACUCCCAGUCGCCCCAUGCCCUUGUGUAGAAACCAAAGACUGGGGCCUCACUUCUGUUGUGCCUGGAGUAGUGCGUUGCAGUCUGCCAGUGUCUGCCAACUGUCAACAUGGUUUUUUCUGCCAUAUGCCCCCACCUAGCCUUGUUGUAUAUUUACCUGUUUAUCUGCCCUGUUGUACAUGAUAUAUAGUCUUCUGAUUGGUGAGCCAUCAAUACCACUAUGAUUCUUCUUCUUUCUCAUCUUUGUCAAAACUUCAAACCCCUCCCUUUCGCCCCCUCCCACACCCCUCCCCCACAUUAUCCAUAUGCCCCUGUCCUCGAAAAUGAAAAUGGAAAAAAAGUUGACCUGGCUUAUUCCCCAGUCUGUUUCUUUCCGUUCCCCAACACAUUUCAUCCGACAGCCGCCCCUAUUCCAUGUACCCCCCACAUCCCCAUCCCAACCCCCCUCUCGAGACCCCAAUUAAGCCCCCCCCCCCUCCCCGUCAAUCCAUCCCCCAUAGUUCCCACCUGUUAUGGGACUGAGGCUUUGCUUCAUACCCAUAUAAUGCUUAUAUUUUUUAAUUAUCAUCCAUUGUGUAGAUAUAUUCCCUUGCAUUGUCAUUAUCAUUUUAUUUUGAAAAUCCUGUAAUCAUUAUUCAUCUUGGUUAGAAAUACUAGUGGUGGCAGUUAGGUAUUUGAUUUUUUUUUUUUCCAUCUUUUUUUUCAUACUUUCUUUCUGGGAAUAUAAUCAUGUAAAUUUAUAGUUGCUAAUAUUUAAUAAAAUUAUGAGAUGAUAAUGUAUGGACCAUAUAGUGACAGUUUUUCUCUACACAACCUUGGGCUUAAUUCUCUACGAAUUCCUUGAAAUUUGGUGCAAAUCAAUGAAAUAUUUGCCAUCCUCAACAUUUUAAUCACAGGUGAUGACGGUCAUUAAAUAUUGAUAGGCCUACUUUUUAUUGCACAGACCAAAUCAAAUGAAUAGGAGUUUUGUGAUGUGAACUCUGGGAUUCAGUUGAUAUACACUCUGAUUUGUAUUUUUACAUUUCCUAACCCACCAGUGUAACUUGAGAGUGGUAAAAAGACAUCCUUUUAUUUGUUUGAUUGGAGGAUUUAUUAAGAAUUAUUUAAUAAUGCUGCUGCAUAUGUUCAUUCCUGUAACUACCUGUGUACAUACUCAGCCAGUAGCCCUUGAAAUACAGUGACAAUUCACAUCA